AAGCAGAAGAAGAAGCAGACAUUUUUCCCAUAAGCAAACAAAUUGAAUUAACUUUUAAAUAGCCUCUAAAACGAUCCAUUUUGUUAACCAUGUCCGACGCGGCCAAGUCCAAUAAUAAUGCCGCCAAGAGUAGUGCAGCAGCAGAUGAGGCAGUAGCAAAUGGAUCUGAAGAAUCGACGCAACGCAGCAGUCACAACAAAAACAAAAUGAAAUCCACACAAAACAGCAGCGGCGGCGGCAGCAGCGCUGGCGGCAAUAGUAUAGACAAACUCUCACCGGAUCAGGAUAUCUAUAUUAAUGCUGCAGAUGGCCUACCCAGCCAGCAUCCAACUCUGCCACCCGAAAGCGCUGUCGACAGCGAUACAGAGCCUGAAGUAGAUCCGGACUCAUUUGACGAUUUGCCCACAUCGAUAAUUGUCACUAAUAUACACUCGGAGGUGUUUACCAAUCCGGAACUGAAGCAUGACAUGGAAGAGCUUUUCCGCACAUUCAGCGACUCGGCCACCUUCCAAUGGUUGCGCAGUUUUCGCCGACUGCGGGUCAAUUAUGACAAUGCCAUUGCAGCAGCCAAUGCACGCAUAAAACUACAUCAGUAUGAGUUUAAUAAGAAGACCGUUAUCACUUGCUAUUUCGCGCAGCCGGUGACUCCGGUCAACAACAAGAAUCUACAGCCGCCGGCUCCUGUUAAACAGUUCCUUAUCUCGCCGCCCGCCUCGCCGCCAGCGGGAUGGGAGCCACGCGAGGAGGCUGAACCCUUGGUCAAUCAUGAUCUGCUAGCCGCAUUGGCCAGCCUAACUCCAGGUGAAUCCCAUGAAUUACAUCCACAGAGCGAGGAUCAGCCGGCAAUAAUAGUGCACACGGCAAUGGUGCCCGAAGGCGGCACUGGUGGCACAGGAUUGCCCAUUGUGCAGACGAAAUGUCCGGAGCGCGUAUAAGCGAGCAACCAAAACUCUUUAUUUUGUUGUAUUGCAAGUUUUUAAUAAUAUGCCUCUAGCUAGGCAUAUACCAACAUACAUACAUUAUUAUACAUAU